GAAGAGAAUCCGGACAGCUCCCAGAACGGAACAAGAGCUUACUACGGUCUGGAGGGUCUCUUUAUGUUCCCCUAAUCCCACAUACCCUGAGGGGCUGGGACCUAGGCACCUGUCACCCCUGGCACUGACUGUCCAGAGUUCCCCUUCUCCCAAUUUGGCCAAGGCUGUCUUCUGUCCCCUCCCCUCCCUUCUUCCUUCUCCUGGUCCCACCUCCAACAACCUCUCCCAUUGCUCCUCCUCACCUCUGUCCUCCUGGACUGGGCCAGCACCUACCUUUCCUACCCCUCACCUUUUUCCCCUUUUAGGACUGAGUAAGGACAGGCGGGGGUGGGGACAGCUGGGGCUUUGGGCACUGCAGGCAGAGACUCUGGGCCUUCUCCCACGCUGCCAGUCCUUCUGUAACCCCUCCCUCCAAGCUGGGGGGGAGGGGGACAGCACCCAGAGGGUUAAGGUUGUAGGGGGAGGGGCUGGACCAGGUCGUAGGCGGCCCCUUUGAAGGAGGGAGCUGGAGUGGGGAACAGUCACCCUACCCCCCCACCCCAAGUUUUCCCUCCUCCACCCCUCCCAACGUGCUGCCCCCAGGGGCCAGGAGGAGUUGCCGGCAAGGCCCCUCAGCGUUCAGAGCUGUGUGCUAGAGCUGAUGUCACACAAAGAAAAUACAAAGGAGCAUUUGCGGUGUCCCUCAGUCUGGAACCCCUGCACCAGGAUCAGGGGACUUGGUGGGAGCUUAACCCCCACGGCACCGGGAAGCAGCCGGCUCCCCUCGCCUCCUUCCCCCUUCGUGGCUUGCGGUCUCUCUUCCCCGCCUUGGCCCCCAGGAAGUGAGAAGAUGGGGAGCCCCGAGGAUGACCUGAUUGGAAUUCCAUUCCCAGACCACAGCAGUGAGCUCCUGAGCUGCCUGAACGAGCAGCGCCAGCUGGGCCAUCUGUGCGACCUCACCAUCAGGACGCAGGGUCUUGAGUACCGCACCCACAGGGCUGUGCUGGCUGCCUGUAGCCACUACUUCAAGAAGCUCUUUACGGAAGGGGGAGGGGGUACUGUUAUGGGAACAGGGGGUGGUGGGACAACUGUUGGGGGAGCAGGGGCCGGUGUGUGUGAGUUGGACUUUGUAGGACCAGAGGCCCUAGGUGCCCUACUUGAGUUUGCCUACACAGCCACACUGACCACCAGCAGCGCCAACAUGCCUGCCGUACUUCAAGCUGCACAGCUACUGGAAAUCCCUUGUGUCAUUGCUGCUUGCAUGGAGAUUCUACAAGGCAGUGGGCUAGAAGCCCCCAGCCCAGAUGAGGAUGAUUGUGAGAGAGCCCGACAGUACCUGGAGGCUUUUGCCACUGCCACUGCCACCACCACAGCCUCAACCUCAGGAAUGCCCAAUGGUGAAGACAGCCCUCCACAGGUGCCCCUCCUACCACCACCGCCGCCACCUCGACCUGUUGCCCGCCGCAGCCGCAAACCCCGGAAAGCUUUUCUUCAAACCAAAGGGGCCCGAGCAAACCAUCUGGUCCCUGAGGCGCCCACAGUUCUCACCCACCCCUUGACCUACGAAGAAGAAGAGAUGGCUGGUAGAGUGGGUAACAGUGGGGUCAGUGGGCUUGGAGAUAGCUAUAGUCCUCCCACAGGUGCCGCCUCACCUGCUGAGGGGCCCCUGAACUAUGAAGGCUUUGAAGGUGAGGAAGAAGAGGAGGAGCUGGUAUAUGCCCCAGCCUAUGGGCUAGCACAGAGUAAUGAGGCCUCGCUAUCACCAGAGGAGCUGGGCUCAGAUGAAGAUCCCAUUGAUCCUGACCUGAUGGCUUACCUAAGUUCGCUGCACCAGGAUACCCUGGCACCAGGCCUGGAUGGCCAAGACAAGCUGGUGCGUAAACGCCGUUCACAGAUGCCCCAAGAGUGCCCAGUCUGUCACAAGAUAAUCCAUGGGGCAGGCAAACUGCCUCGACACAUGAGGACCCAUACUGGUGAGAAGCCCUUUGCCUGUGAGGUCUGCGGCGUCCGCUUCACCAGGAAUGACAAGCUGAAGAUCCACAUGCGGAAGCACACAGGAGAACGUCCCUACUCGUGCCCACACUGCCCAGCCCGUUUCCUGCAUAGCUACGACCUCAAGAACCACAUGCACCUGCACACUGGGGACCGGCCCUAUGAGUGCCACCUGUGCCACAAGGCUUUCGCCAAGGAGGACCACCUGCAGCGCCAUCUCAAGGGUCAGAACUGCCUGGAGGUGCGCACCCGGAGGCGCCGCAAGGAUGAUGCACCGCCUCACUACCCACCGCCCUCGACCACCACCUCAUCCCCUGCUGGCCUUGACCUCUCCAAUGGCCACCUGGACACGUUCCACCUCUCUCUGGCUCGAUUCUGGGAGCAGUCGGCCUCCACGGGACCUCCAGUCACUACACAAGGGCCCCCUGAGGAGGAGGAGGAGGAAGGGACACCUACCACACCACAGGCCGAAGGUGCCAUGGAGUCCUCUUAAAAGAGGGAUGAAUGGCCAGGCUGGAACAGCACAAGGCCUGGGACACCAUGCCAAGUAGUGGGGAGCACACAAAACAAGUGGUAUGGGGGUCAAGGAUGCUGAACCUUGUUUGUAUCAGAAUCAAGUCCCCUUCCCCCCAGAGCCUUCAUUCCAAUUCCAAGCUGAGGUUUUGGGGCACAAGCUCUCUAGAUUGGGGUGAUCACCCUAGGAGUUAAACAUGAAAUAUAUGUAUGUGUGUGUAUAUAUAUAUGUGUGUGUGUGUGUGUUACACACACACUUUGCACUACACACAUAUACAUACACACACACAGUAAAGGUGGGGUCCCUGUCCCCAGCCACUACUGGGGAAUUGAAGCAAUAAUCUAUCUCUGAUUUGUGGGGGUCCCACUUCGGCUAUGCGGGUUUCUAGGAGGCUGGGACUUAGGACCAAAACCUUGCCCUACUCCCAUGCCCCCUGGGUUUUGGCUGUGUGAGGGGGUGGACUGCUCCUCCCUUCCGAGACCCCUCCUUCCUGGUUUCUGUUCCUUUUUCCUGGCCGUAAAUUAUGCAAAGGGGGGUGGCAAAGGAAGGGUAAGGGGGGAAACAAGGUGGAGGCUUGAAAGAGUGGGGUGGCGGGGGACUGGGCCUGUAAGGACGGAGCCAUCCCAGUCCCCCUCCACCCAGUUCCAACGCUGAGUCAUGGGGUCCUGGAGAAGAAGAGGGCAGGGUGGCCUGAUUGGCUCGCCCGCCCCUGGGGGUAGCAGAAGGGCUCCGCCCAGCUAAGGGAGCUCUCCACCUCUCCCCCUCCGCGUCCCGGGGCAGGGAAUGUCUUGUUCCUGGCGCUCCCUCCCUGGGGCCAGAGGGCAGGGCGGGCUGGGCGUCUUACCCUCUUUUCCUCCCUACCUCCCCGCCCAGGUGCAAGCCGGAGCCGCCUCUACUGCUUGCUGCCCCUGACUCACGCCGCCCCCGGGCUGGCGGGCGCUGGGUGUGGGAUGGGGUGAGGGGUUGAGGUAGCCUUGUGGGGAGCGGGCAAGCUAUCGCCAUCUGGUGGCCAUGCCCUGUAAGGGCGAGCGCCCCCAAGCGACCACUUUUAGUGAGCUAGCGUCACACCCAGCCCUCCUGGCUUGUGAGCGGGUGCCCCCUUGCCAACAAAGUGGCUAGGCAACUCGCCCCUGGGAAAAGUGAGCUGCAGAGCAGACCUAGGGGAAAGGGAGCCUUUCCACAGACCUUGCCUGGUACUCUUAGGACUGAGUCCACCCCCGUUCUGUACAUAGCCUCUUCUGAUGGUUUUAUUGAAAUCCAAUUUCACAUUUUUAACUAUCAAUUUUCCUGGGGUGGGGAAGAAUCUUCUCCCCACCUCUUCCUCGCUGGGUGCUGGACCCCCAUUGCGGCCUGGGCUCUGCCUUGCACUAUUUACCCCUUUGGCCUGGUGGCCCUUCCCCCUCCUGGAAAGGGGCAGGUUCAGGGGCCCGGUGCUCUCCUCUCCCCAUGCACCUCCAUGCCCAUUUGCACAGCUGCCCAGGUACCCCCAACAGUGGGGAGGGGUCACACAGGGAGGGGUGGCGGGACCAGUCCCUGUAUCUAUUUAAAAAGUGAUGAUGUAAUAUAUUAGGAGGGAGGUCAGAUACCCUGGGCCUCAUCUUAGCAUUUCAGGUGAUAGGGGGGCCCAGGGCUGGAGAAACCUGGGGCUUAGUCCCAGAGAGUGGGGACAGUGGCCUCCACUCUCUCUCCUUGUGGCUUUCCCACUCAGUGCCUUAGUGGGGGAAGCAUUCCCCACUCCCAUUCCCUUCAUCUACCCCUGCCCCCUGCCUCGGGUGUAAGUGACAGGAAGAAAUAAUAAUAAUUUAAGAUUCAUA